AUGAUGCCCUCUUUCACCAACGCGGUCGUGCUCGCUCUUUGCCUGGGCGCUCUCCCUUCGACUUUCGGGAGCCCUACUGGCAACAGAGAGAUCACAGCGAGGGCUAAAUCGUAUACCGUCACCUGCCCGGCCGUGACCAAGGUGCUUGGCGGCAAGACUGAGACCAUCUUGACUGCGGCUGCGGCCAAGACCAAGUGUACUGGCGCGGCGUACGGGUAUAACUGCAACCUCGAGGGCAUGAUUGGAUGGACGGAGAGGCCGAACAAGGAGGAGUGCGGCGGGUGCAAGUGCUCGCUGGUGUGA